UCCUCGUCCCCGUCUCCGCCGGCCCCCGCGCGCGGCCGGCCAUUGCCUCCCAUGGUGUCCCGGCCCGAGACGGAGGUCGAGGCCAUGGACCCCGAGCUGGCAGUGGUACCUCCGGGAUGCUCGCAUCUGAGCAGCUUCAAGGUGGACAACUGGAAGCAGAACCUGCGGGCCAUCUACCAGUGCUUCGUGUGGAGCGGUACGGCCGAGGCCCGUAAACGCAAGGCAAAGUCUUGCGUCUGCCAUGUCUGUGGCAUCCACCUGAACCGGCUUCACUCUUGCCUCUACUGUGUCUUCUUUGGCUGUUUCACAAAGAAGCACAUACACGAGCACGCGAAGUCGAAGCGGCACAACCUGGCUAUUGACCUGAUGUAUGGAGGCGUCUACUGCUUUCUGUGUCAGGAUUACAUCUACGACAAAGACAUGGAAAUCAUUGCCAAAGAGGAGCAGCGUAAGGCUUGGAAGAUGCAAGGUGUUGGAGAGAAGUUUUCAACUUGGGAACCCACCAAGCGGGAGCUGGAGCUACUGAAGCACAACCCAAAGAGACGGAAGAUCACCUCCAACUGCACUAUAGGUCUGCGUGGGCUCAUCAACUUGGGGAACACGUGCUUCAUGAACUGCAUCGUGCAGGCUCUGACCCACACACCACUUUUGAGGGACUUCUUCCUGUCCGACAGGCACCGCUGUGAGAUGCAGAGCCCAAGCUCCUGCUUGGUCUGUGAGAUGUCCUCACUCUUUCAGGAGUUUUACUCGGGCCAUCGGUCUCCACACAUCCCCUACAAGCUGCUGCACCUGGUGUGGACUCAUGCACGGCAUCUGGCAGGGUACGAGCAGCAGGAUGCCCACGAGUUCCUCAUCGCAGCCCUGGAUGUCCUCCACCGUCACUGCAAAGGAGACGACAACGGAAAGAAGGCCAACAACCCUAACCACUGUAAUUGCAUCAUCGACCAGAUCUUCACAGGCGGGCUCCAGUCUGAUGUCACAUGCCAAGUCUGCCAUGGAGUCUCUACCACCAUAGAUCCCUUCUGGGAUAUCAGUUUAGAUCUACCCGGCUCUUCCACCCCAUUCUGGCCCCUGAGCCCAGGGAGUGAGGGCAGCGUGGUGAACGGGGAGAGCCAUGCAUCAGGCACCACAACACUCACGGAUUGCCUGCGGAGAUUUACCAGACCAGAGCACUUAGGAAGUAGUGCCAAGAUCAAGUGUAGCGGUUGUCAUAGCUACCAAGAGUCCACGAAGCAGCUCACCAUGAAGAAACUGCCCAUUGUGGCCUGUUUCCAUCUCAAACGCUUUGAGCACUCUGCCAAGCUGAGGCGGAAGAUCACCACGUAUGUGUCCUUUCCACUGGAAUUGGACAUGACCCCUUUCAUGGCCUCCAGCAAAGAGAGCAGGAUGAAUGGGCAGUACCAGCAACCCACGGACAGUCUCAACAACGAUAACAAGUACUCCUUGUUUGCUGUUGUUAACCAUCAGGGGACCUUGGAGAGUGGCCACUACACCAGCUUCAUCCGACAGCACAAAGACCAGUGGUUCAAAUGUGACGAUGCCAUCAUCACCAAGGCCAGCAUCAAGGAUGUGCUGGACAGUGAAGGGUACCUGCUGUUCUACCACAAACAGUUCCUGGAAUAUGAGUAGUCUCCUUCACAGCUGAUCAAAAAAAAGAGUGCAACAAGUUGGCAACCCCCCCGACAUGAUCCCUGGCCUCCCCACAUCAGAACACCAUGGCACCCCUUCUGUGCAAGUGUGCCACACAUGUGGCCCCUUCUGCACCUGGACGGUGUGGUGUCAUGAGUGGGCAUGAACAGAGUGUGCCCCUGGUGGAAAGGAGUUGAGCCCUCUCACCAGGGUCUGUGUCCUUCCAGCCUCAUGGGAAGCUGGAGUAGCACACAGCAGCCUCCGCCUGGUGCUUCGUCUGGUCGUUGCGCAUAUGCAGCUUAGAAAGCUGCGUGUCGGACUGAAAGUGACGGUCCAUUAAAGCUGUAGAGUAGACGGGGUAAUCCCAGGACAGAGUGCUUGCAGCACACCAUCUCGGGCUGGGCCAUUAAGGGCAGGGAAUUUGGACCAGCCUGCUCUUUUGUAGUUAUAAAGCAGUUCCAGAGGCCAGACUGAGAUCACUUGCAGGCCCCAAGCACCUCUGUCCUGCCGAUAACUCCUCAUCACCUGCAUGUGGAAGCGCCAGCCCAGAGCUCUCUGGUCUUUAGAAAUGGGCGCUUUUCUUAUCCUUGUCCCCUUUCUCUCUUUUCCAACAAUGGUGAAUUCCAUAACUGGUAGUAAUAAAGUGAAUAUGGAAGUCUAGAUGUCCCUCCUCCCGAGAGCAACUUGCUUUUUGAUCAGUGCUCUUCCCUUGUCCCUCCCUUGCUCUCGGUCUGGCCAUCUUCCCCAUGAGCUUACCAGCUAACCAGGUGGUGGACAGGAGCUAGACCGCCUUUUGACAGGGUCUCUGCUCAGCUUGUCUUGCAGUGAGUGGAGUGCGCAUCAGUGGUUCCAUUGACCACUUCUUCCUGCUCUGCGUACUGUUCUUUAGUCCUGCUUGGUGGCCAGCAUAUGGGAUUUGAAGCCAAAUGGCCCAGUGGGGACUGCAUUGCUUCUUGUUUCCUGCUUGCUUCUAGUCUACAUUUGAUGUGGUUUUAGUUGCAGCCAGAAUAAAAAGACUUCAUGAUUGACCUUGUCGGCAGAAUUGGUCCAGGAAGCUUCUUGUAAGAUAUCUUGCAUGUAUCUGUCUAUUUAAACCAAAACUGAGUUGUUUGUCCAUUUCUGAGAACUUACAGCCUAGGGACUUGGGGUUGGGGUGUUGUUUCCUUGUCUUGUGAACCACCACCUCCAGAGCGGCACUUGCCCUGGUAGCCCAUCCAGGCUGCGGGCUCCUCAUUUGGGAAGUUGGAGGACCAGCAAAUGUCUCCUGCAUCGGGCUUGGGGCUGUCAGUCGUUGUCACGGGCUCCGUGUGAACAGUGACUCUGGCUGUGUUUCAGUAGUUCUUUGAGUUCCUUAUCAAGUACAAGGAAGUUGUUUUGAGCUAUGUGAAAGUGAAAAGACUUUUCCUCACUGGCAGGCCUUGCAAAAGCAGGCCACAUCCCAGUCUGGCUUGCUCACUAGCUGCGCUGCAGUGGGGUGGUCAUGGUAGGAGUUUAAGUGUAAAGAUCACCAGAACACAGGGACAGCAGCCAUGUUGCAGAGUGGUCAGAAUGGCAAAGCCUCGUGAGUGCAUUUUGUAUGCAUUUGCCCAGUUCAUGCUCUGUUGUAUUUCUGCAUUUAAAGAGCAAAGUUGAAGCAUGUUUUAGAAUAAACAUUAUCAGAGAAUUAUGUGUGGGCCCAGAUUUUCAAGUAUUUCCUCAUGUGACCAAAUCUGUGUUUGGGACUGUGCUGUGAAGAUGCCCUUUUCUGGAAAAAGCGUCCUUUUAUUUGUGAAUAAAUCCACAGGGAAGACUUCAGUGUAUUGGCCUGCAAGAGGCAGUGCAAGAAGCCCUUCCCGAAGGUCUGCGUACUGGGCACUCUGGCCCCACGGAGUGUCCAGGUGCAGGGCAAGAAGCAGGCGUGCAGGCCAGGCCUGCUCCCGCCACCCGCAUCUCUGCUUGCAUUCGGGUCACUGCUGCCCUGGGAGGGUUAGAGCUGGCAAGAAGGAUAGCCGUGAGGAGGUUGUAGGGUUUUUGUUUGUUUGUUUGUUUCCAGCAUGACUAAACUUCUGUACCCAAGCACAUUCCCACCCUUCCAUGGUGGCUUCAGCUUUUGAAGCACUUUGCUAGGACCGCAAUGGGGAUGUCACAGCUUCAUGGCUGCCACACUUCCACUGGGCCCUUGGCAUGUGUGAAUGGCUUUGGAUGGUGGGCUCGGAAAGCUCCUUUGGCUCCCCGUUGGGUAUUACGUCAGGAAAGUUUUCCUGUCUCCUGAGGACCAGCAGGUGAAGGUGCUCAGAUGGUCAAGGAGCCCAUCUCACCAUGGAGGGCACACUACCCCUCCUGCAGGGACCAGACCUGUUCCCAGGUGCCACUCUUGGGCCAACUUCACAGAAGAGCAAGUGGACUGGCCUUCUUCAGCUGUCUACGUGUGAAGUUCAGGAGGCCGGACGGGGCCUGAGAUGCCCUCCUCCACCCCAGGGCCUCAGGCUGGGCAGCAGCUGGGGCCAUCCUGCCCGCACAAGGACACCCCUGCGCCCCUGGGCUCCCUCACAGCAGCAGUGCCCAGCACCAUGUGAACCUGAGUGCUUGUGCGUUUUUGGCUUGUGUGUAUGCCCUUUCUUGUGUAAAAGCACUGUUCUUUUGACAGUUCAAGUGAUUUGUUUCAAUAUUACAACUUUGAAAUCGAAAAUUGUAAGAGAAAAACUCCUGAUUGUGCUGUGGUUGGAGAUUUUAUUACCAAGAUGUUUAUGCCACCUUUUUUCCCCCUCAAUCAUUAGAGGGACUACUUGAUUCUCCUCCCUGAUGGCUUUAGUCUUUCUUUACUAUAUCGUAAUAAAGCUGCAUUUUAUUCUGAA